AUGAACAAUUUUGUACCGGGAGCAGGUAAUGCUAUAAGAGACCGAGCUGGUCCGGGAGCUGCUGCUGCUCGAGUACAAAUUACAACAUCGAAUCCUCUUGGUUCAUUAUCUCCUUUACUUGCUUUGUUGCUUGCAAGCAACUUGAAUGGUGGAGGCUCCCCAUAUCCUUAUUAUCCUUACUACGGCAGUUACGGAGCGUAUGGUCCGUAUAUACCGCAUUAUUACUAUAGUGGUUAUCCAUACUACUACUACUAUUAUUAUUAUCGUGGUUAA